AUUUUGGAUGAUGUCGAAGUCUUCGAAAAGCACAAAGCCUUUGAAAUUGAGGAGUUACUAGCCAUUGCCGAUUUCUUCAAUCAUCUCAUCUAUGAAGCUGUUCUUCUUGUUCCCAAUCCUACUUCCCUGACUCAAUUCAACUCCACUGAUAACUCGAAUUCCACACCCAAUCAAAUUGAUAAGAUCUCUGAUAAUCGACAAAUUUCUUCUACGAAUUUAACUCUCCUCUCAAUUUGCCUUCGCCUCUUGUCCAUCCUCUACAAUCGAGACGGUAGAUGGAAGUACACCCCAACCAACUUUUGGCUCAUCUGUGGUAUCAAGCCCUCCGCUUUCAUAUCUGACUUACGAAAAGUGCGAGCCCAUGCAACAUUCCUUCUCAAGCAUGUUCCGCAUAUAAUUUCAAGAAAAGAGCGAGUCCUGUUAUUCCGAGAAUUAGUGAGGGCGGAGAAGUCGGCACUUGGAAUUCUGGGACAGACUAACUGCAUGUUGGACAGCGCUGCAGUAGGUGCUGUAAUAAUGAUCCAUCGAAAUCGGAUAGUUGAGGAUGGUUAUCAACAGCUGGCAAAUCUCACUCCAACUCAGCUGAGAAUGAAGAUACGUGUUCAAUUUAUCAACACACUGGGUCUGGAUGAAGUCGGUAUUGAUCUGGAUGGCGUGUUCAAAGAAUUUCUGGAAGAAACUCUUCGUCGAGUUUUUGAUCCAACCUUAAACCUCUUCCGAGCCACAACUGAUCAAAGGCUCUAUCCUUCUCCAAAUUCACAUAUUCAGGAAAGUCACCUUCAACUCUUCGAAUUCGUCGGUAAACUUCUUGCCAAAGCUGUAUAUGAGGGAAUUAUUGUGGAUGUUCCUUUCGCGAAUUUCUUCUUAACACAAGUUCUGGGUCGGCAGAGAGCGAGUUGUUAUAGCUUCUUGGAUGAGCUGGCAACGUUGGAUCGAGACCUUUACAAAAGUCUUACAUAUAUCAAAGUAAGUGGCAUAAUCGCUUUUACCAUUACUUCACUUUGCUAG